CAGUUGAGUUUCAAGUUUUGCAUAAGUCGCACGUAUAUUCCGAAAAAAAGAAAAACCUAUAAGAAAAAUUAUUUUAUACCUAAUUGCUUCAAAAAUCAGAGGAGUCUUUCAAAAAGGAGCUAAAAACAAUAAACUGCAUUUCAGUCGCACAACACCUUGAGGUUUUUGAAAAUUUCUAUAUAACUUGGAAAAUUUUGCAAUAUCAAAAGAAAAAAGUCAGCAGAAAAGAAAACCAAGAAUCGCUUCGAGUUAUCUCGUUGCUGAUAGUCUCGGCAUUUGCAAAGACUCAAAUUAAACGCUUUAUUUAAAACAAAACUGUGCCAAAAUUAAUCAAAAUAACUUUUUUUUUAAACAUAUGUGAAAUCCUUAAAAACCAUAAAGAAAUUUUGAUACAUCACGAAAAAGGCGUUUUAUAAUAAAGCAAACUUCGCAUUGAAGGAAAAAUUCGGUCUCGAAUUGAUUUUUUAACUCACCAGGCACUGCGCAAAGUCAUAGCAUAUAAUUCACAUCAUCAUCAGGAGCAAAGUUUUGAGAUUUUUCAUAUAUAUAAGAGAAAACACAGCAAUCCUUUUUGCCAUAUUUAGUGUGCAUUCUGCAACCAAAACGAGGAAGCACCAUUACCACCAUAAGAAACAACUCCAUAGUGUCGGAAUCGGAAAAGGAUAAUCUUUCCUUUCGUCUCUCUUCAGUUCCAUGUACUAAAUUAUUUUCAAUUUCAUGAAAGAGAUUUUGUAUUAAAAUAAAAACACAAAAAUUAAAGACUGACUCACAAGCUUGAAAAUAUUCAAAAAAUAUAUCUAACAAACUAGGAGACGGUGUCACGGUCAUUGCGGUCAAACUGCACACAUGAAUCAGCUGUAGCUGUUAAGGAACUUUUGAAAGCUGCUGCUGUUGCAAUCGGAAACGACAAUAAGAAAAAAUAACUAAAAGUUUAGAAAAGAACAAACGCUUAAUAACAAAUAAAAUACUCGGAUAAAUUAAUCUUUUGUUUUGUUUUUUUUGUUUAUACAAACAAAAAUAUUAGAUUUAAAAAGAGAGACAAAAGAAAAAUAAUAUAACAAGGGAAAAUUGUUAGAUAGAUUUUUACGGUGUUUUUGUUUGUUAUAUCGAACAGGGUGGUGCGUUGUGGUGGCAGUUGUUGUAAUUUUAAAUAAUUUUAAAGUGUCACUAUUUAAGAUAAAAACUAAACAAAGAGUUAAACCAAUGCAUUUAGGUUUUAAACGACAAAAAAUACGAAAAUUCUCGCACAGUAAAAAAUGUCUUUACCCCGAGAAUGGAAUCUACAGGAUUCACGGGGAUCACUAUACUGCCCGAGUGAACCGGACCCAGCUAGUGGAGUCCAGUACCAGUCGGGAGGGUUCAUUCGCACACCCACUUCAAUACCGGAAGUGGCCAGCUCCCAACCUGCCGCCCCAUCCAUCCUCACCGAAUGCCAACAAUCGGGUUCACUUUUUUCCAUUCAUUCAGCACCACCGGUGCCCAACACUGAAUUCACCACUCAAGCCGAUAGUAGUUUCCAAUCGUUCGCUUGCAAUGGCAUCUCCACCUUGUCUAAUAUCGAAUGCGGUGGAACAUCUGGCGAAGAAUUUAGAAGUCAAAACAAUAGCCAGGUCUUGCAUGGAUCCCAAGCCACAUGCAAUUCAGCAGCAGCAACACUCGAAACAACACCUCGCCGACCAGCAACACUUGCCAUUGAGGCAACAUGCUAUCCUGCAAGAACCUUGCAUUCCAGUUUGUUGGAACACCAGAUCUCUGAAAUUGAAGAGGACGACAACGAAAACUUGUUGACUGUUUCAAGCAUCACAGCUAGGCCAUUGAUAGCUAAAUCGCAUGAGCUGCGAUCAAAUAGACUAACCGGGAAGAGGCAGAAGUAUAAUGGCAACAACCGGGCGACUAGUGGCAGUGGUAGUACCAGUAAAAUUGUUCGAAUAGCAACAACACAAAAGGACACCAAAGAAGCCACAUCGUCUAGAUCAUCAAUAUCUGCCGAUCCGCCAGAUGGUGGCUAUGGUUGGUUUAUUGUUUUUGGAGCUUUUUCUGUUCAGUUUUGGGUAGCCGGAUUGGUUAAAUCGUAUGGAGUGCUGUACGUUGAAAUAAUGGAAACUUUUCCCAGCACUACGGCAACAGUUGCUUCAUGGAUACCGGCUAUCUUGUCCGCAUUAUGCUUAGCUUUGGCACCGCUCUCCAGUGCACUCUGUCAGAAAUUCUCUUGCAGAUCGGUUGUUUUCACUGGUGGAGUAUUUUGUGCAUUAGGUAUGACACUCAGCUAUUUUGCCACCAGUCUUGUACACUUGUUAUUUACGUUUGGCAUCCUAACAGGUAUCGGAGGAGGUCUCUCUACUACACCUGGCAUAGUAAUAGUUUCACAGUACUUUGACAAACACCGAGCAUUAGCUAAUGGAAUAUGUGUUUCGGGAACCGCAGCUGGAAGUUUCAUACUUCCUGUGCUAAUUAAACAUUUGGCUGAUAAAUUUGGCUUCCAUGGAACAAUUCUUAUUUUGGGUGGAUGUAUGCUGCACGUGUGUGUUUCGGCUACACUUUAUAAACCUUUGGAGGAAAGUGCACAUUUAGAUCCGAAAAAUAUCGAGUGCUCACAGCCGUUAACAGAUAUUAAUCCAAGUAAUGCUGGCCUCCUCACUAAUUCUACAUAUUUGGAUUCAUGCGAUGAAUCAGCAUCAAAUAAAAAAUUUAUCGAACAUUUAUUUUUGGAAGAAUCUAAAAAUCGUAGAAAUGACUAUUACAAUACGGACAAAUGUGUUAAUAAUAAUGACAAAAGCCACAACGACAGUGACGAUGAAUACAAAGAUACAAUUGGUGAAACAACCUUCAUGAAACCAAUGAAAAGCGUACGUAGCUCUGGAAUUCUGCAUUCUGUUGAAGAUCUGAGCACCGACUCGACUUGGGUGUACCGAAAACAUUCUGGUAGCGAUUCGAAUCGUGGAAGUCGGCGUCGACGCAAUGUAUUUGCAAAUGAUGAGAUUAUAUCAAAAAUUCAAGCACAUUUAGAAAAACCCAUCUCACCACCGACAUCAGCUAAUCGUGGUCUCAGCAAAAGUAUGGAAAUACCAACACCUGUAAGUAAUUUAGCAGAUCUUAAAAAUCAAAAGAUCGAAGAGGAAGACGACUAUGAAGAUGAUCCACCACGCACUUGUUGUGAUCGUAUUCAAACUUAUUUGGACAUAAGUCUGCUCAGGGAUCCCACAUUUAUUUUGAUGUGCCUGUCUGUAACGUUGAUGUCAGUGGGAUGUCCUUACAUGUUAUAUUACUUGCCAGCUCAUGUCAUCUCGAUUGGUUAUAGUAAAAGUGAGGCUGGGUAUUUGGUGGCUGUGAGUGCAGCACUAGAUCUGAUCGGCCGUUUAGGCCUAGGCUGGUUAUCAGAUCUGCAGUUAUUUGAUCGUAAGAAAACCUACAUUGUGUGUAUUCUGGGUGCAGGCAUAGCCGUUCUAACUAUUCCGUCGGUCCAUUCAUUCUAUCUUCUUGGAUCAUCGGCUGCUGUUUAUGGUUUGUGUCUCGGAUGUUGGUAUCUCUUAAUGCCGGUGCUGUUGGCAGAUAUUUUUGGCACAGAUCGUAUAAGUUCUAGUUAUGGAUUGGUAAGAAUGUUUCAGAGCAUCGGAGCUAUUUCGGUUCCUCCAUUGGCUGGAUUUUUGCGUGAUUUGUCAGGAAGUUAUGAUAUAUGUUUUUAUUGCAUGGGUUCAUGCAUGAUAAUGGGAUGUAUUCCAUUAUUAGUUUGGGCUGUACUCGAUUGUCAGCAGAGCAAAAGAUUAUUUUCAAUUAAAAAUGAUGAUAGUGAAGAUAAUUUUACGGUGUCUUAAAAAGAUAAACCAAUGAAACACGAAAUUUAAAUGUAAUUUUUAAUGUUUUCAAAUAGUUUGUUGUGUACCUUCAUACUUACUUAAAACAAAACUCAAAAACAAAAAAAAUCAAACCAUAACCGAGUUAUUUUUUUUUAAUUUUAUUUACAACUUUCCUGAAUAUAAUUAUUUUUUUUUUGAAAUUGAUUUAUGAGUCAAUCUUGCCAGCUAAAAUGAUGUUCAUUGUUCAAAAGAUGCCUUGGUUUUUAGCUCAAUUUUCCCAGUUCAAUUUUGUUUAAGAAUGCCCAAAAAGUUUACACAAAAGUCAGAAGUCUAGUAUUAUUGAACAAGACCUUAUAUGUUUAAAGUAUUUACAUAUGUUCACUUUCGAAAAAAUAAGGUUAUUUAAAAAGUACUUACUCCAAUGAAUGAAGGUUUUAGAGAAAAGGAACACAGUUUUGAUUCGAACCUGAGUUUUACUGGCUGAAACACAAACACGCUUCAGCUUCGGCUUCACCUGACGUUUACGAGUUCAGCCAUAGGAACUCAAUGCAUGCUAUCACAAUGGAACUUCGACCUCACGUUUCGUUUGACAAUCCUAAGGAAGAGAACGUAAUGUAACGUAAUGUGACUCCAAACGGAAGCUCUAGUUCAAUUAUUUGAACAUUUGCUUUGUCUGACAGCUCAUCAGCUGUAAAAAAAUGUCAAUAAACAAAAUAUUUGCUCUUUGGAGGGAUGAAAUAAUAGAAAUGUCAUUCAAAGCAACCUCGAAGCAGGCCUAACGUAACGCAGACGAAGCUGAAGCGUGUUUGUGAUUCUGCCAUUAGGGUCAUUCUAAAGAGAACUUUUCAGUCUAUAGGAAGAUAUUCGGGAUAUAAGGAAUUGAAGUCCGUGGAGAUAAUAUGGUCUAAUAAUAGAAACUCCUGUUGAGUGAGACGAACUCAGUGAUGCUUGUAAGUAAACUCGUCUUCUGAUGUGAUCCACUUAAUAUAUGGGAGGUUAAAGUCACCUAAAAGAACAAUAUUGCUAUCCAAACCAGCGAUGUCCACGAUAUGAUCAAGACCAAGAGAGUUCAACAAAAGCUUAGGCUGGGCUUUUCGGAGGAAUGAAACAAAUAAAUCUUUUGACUGCAGCGUUAUUUGAACACAAAUAAUAAUAAUAAUUUCAAUUGUCAGUUUAAAAGGGAAUGUUAUGGAAGUCGUUCUAAAAGCUAUUAAGACUCCACGUGACGAUCUUUCUGAAAAAUUAAAAGCUCUUGAUCAAAAAGUUGCAUGCCUAAAAUAGUACAAGAGGGAGAACUGACAAAGUUUCUUGAAUUUGUGUUGUUAUUAAUUCCGUUUACCGGAUUCUGCCUAGAAGGACCGUAAAUUCUUUAACCACAGUGUUAGGGGGGCAGUUGCUAUUGCCAAUUGACUGGAAUAAGCUUACUUAUUUAUUAAUACAUUAAUACAAAUUAGAUAUGAAGUCGUUGGGCUUUUUUGCCCUUCUGGAUAAGUCUACGUCGUUGCACAGCCCGUACAGCUCAAUGUUCCAUCUUCUCCUCCACUCACCUUCUUAGAUCACGCAAAGAACUUUUCUGUCGAAUUGACCCAAAGUGCUAUUAUCCACUUUUGUCAUCUUUCCAUCUUCUCCUCCACCUACGUUCUAUUCAUACGGGACCGUGGAUCAAACUAAGAACUUUCCUCUCGAAAAGACCAAAGGUGCUUUUGUCAAAGUCCAUGCUUCUGCAAAUUAAAUUAGUUUUUAAAAUUAAAUUUAAUGUAUACCUUUUUCAUUUCUCGUGGCUUGAUGUUUAGUUCGUAAGACUGUCAUGCCAGAGGCCUGGGUUCCAAUCCCUGCCUUUGCGCUCUUAAGCCUCUUGCGAAGAAUCGAAAAACCCUACAAGAGUAAUUCUUGUGACAAAAAGUCAAAAUCAAAUCAAAAGUUCGGAUUCGGCUUUAAACUGUAGGUCCCCUCUUUCCCUGACAACAAUACUCGAACAUAGGAAUGGUUGAGAGUUGUAGGUCUUAAAGCCCUAGUUCUCAACAGACUGUUGCGCCAUCCUAAAAUCUCUCGGAAAAUUAAUAUAUUUAUUCAAAAGAAAUGUUGCUCAUUUAACUUUCAUACCCGAAACAAUAAUUAUUUAAGUUCUGAAACAAAUUAUUCAAUUAAUCGAUAAAUAUUUGUAUUCCAAAAAAUAAAAAAAUCCGCAAAACAUUUAAUUAUUAAAUACUAUAUGUUAUUCGGUAAUACCAACCACCGACCGAUCGUUAACAAAAAACGUUACAAUUAGUUUAUCAAACAAAUUAAAAGAACUUACAAAUUAAAACAAAAAUUUAAACAAAGUAAGCAAAGGUCAUAUCCGAAAAUUAAAUUUGUUUAAUAAAAUCCAAUAUGACUGAAUAAAAUUAAAAUUAAAAAUAGAUUAUUGUAAAACAAACCAUCUAUACUUUACAUAUAGAUACAAAACAAAAUCAUUUUUAGACACAAUAAAAUACUCAUUAAAUAUAUUUAAAAAAUAUGCAUUCAGUAACUGUUUGUGUUCUUAAAGAAUUUAUUUUCAAAAAAAAAGUU